UAUGUGGUUAGAUGGCGCUAAAGUGCAGGCUCACCACCCUGCUACGUAAGCAAAUCUGCCACUGUGCAACAAUCAAGAAACAGAAACAAAAUCAAACAUGAUAAGAUAGAAGCCAACCACGAUAGCCAUGGCUUCACAACCGUUGCGUCUAACACUAUCACCCCCACCACCACCACCUUCACUUUCUUCCUCUUCUUCUUCUUCUCUUCCCUGCUUCCACCACCACACCCACUCCCUCUUUGGCAAUGGAGCAUCAUUCACCAAGCUCCGCCAUCGCAGAACCUCAACCAUCCUUUCCGUGGGGAAGGAGGACACUGACCUGCGUGUCUCCGUGGAACAGCAAGAAGAUGAGGAUCCAACUCCAGAGGACCUUGAAUACGUCGCGCAAAUCAAAAGGGUUUUGGAGCUUCUCAAGAAAAACCGGGACAUGCUCUUCGGGGAGGUGAAAUUAACCAUAACGAUUGAGGAUCCCAGAGACAUUGAGAGAAGAAGAUUACUUGGUAUUGAUGAAACUGAUGGCCCAACAAGAGAGGAUCUGGUUGUGGCUUUGGAAGAAGUGAAUGAAGGAAAAAUUCCAAAGGAUAAACUUGCGCUCCAGAUGCUCGCUGAGGAAUUGGCUACAUGGCCUAAUUUAGAGGCUGAAGCGCCUAAGACAAAGCCCAGCAAAUCUCUCUAUGCAAAAGCCACCGACACUGGAAUUGAUCCUCAACUGGCUGCAAAGAAACUUAAUGUCGAUUGGGACUCUGCUGCGGAAAUUGAAGAUACAGAUGUUGAUGAUGAGACAGAAGUUCCCCCAGCUGUGGGGUAUGGAGCUCUAUACUUGGUUACCGCUUUCCCGAUUAUUAUAGGUGUUUCAGUAGUUUUGAUUUUGUUUUACAAUUCCCUCCAGUAGUAACUGACAUUGCACUAAAAUUCAGUAUAUAUUGUAACACUAUUUGAAAUGAGCUAGUAAAUCUCAAUUUUCACUAAUCUCAUCACAGGUAGCCAAUAUUUGUGGCCGUUGAUAGUUUAUUUUCUACCCAGUAAAUGUACAUUAGCAAUAAUUUUUCUUU